AUGCUCAUCACCGCCUUAACUGGCUGGCUGCACCCUACCCCGAGCCCCUGGGGCUGCCUCCCCCAGGCCCAGUCCCAGUGGAGCGCCUGGGCGAAGCCCUGCGCCUCCUCCUUGCGCGUCCUGCGCCAGGUCAUCAACAAGUACCCGCUGCUCAACGCCCUGCAGACCCUGACGGCAUCGGGCUCCUGCCUUUCCCCAUGUCCAGGCUUCCAGUACGAAUCCAACAAUGGGAUGGACAAGCGGGAGUUGGAGAAGGCCGUGGAGACCCCCACAGUGUCCUUCGGCAGCACUGCGUCCGGGUUCCUCUUGGGGGAGGUGGACAGCAGCACCGUCCUCUCCAUCCCACCCAGCAACCAGAAGCAGUCUCUGGAGAGCCUCUACAGCGGGAUCUCUGGAGGAGUCGUCACGCCUGCGGGCAUGGAGAGCUAUGACACAGGUGGGAGGGGACACCAGGCCCAUAACUCCUGGCCAACCUCCAUUUCUGAAGCUGACAGCAGUCUGGAUUCAAACACAGGUGAAUUCAGCCACGAACUCCGGCGGCUGUCUUCCAAUGGCGCCAUGUCGAAGGAGGACGAGAUCGCCACCUCCUUUGAGCAGAGCAUCAACGGGAUCACCGCCGCUUCCCAGAGCAGCUCAGAUGGCAUCCCCUUCGUCAUCAAGAAGUGCAUUUCUGAGAUUGAGAAGCGGGCGCUGAAAACCGAGGGCAUCUACCGUGUGAGCGGCGUAAAGACCCGUGUGGAGAAGCUUUGCCAGGCAUUUGAGAAUGGGCAGGAGCUGGUGGAGCUGUCCCAGGCCUCCCCUCAUGACAUAAGCAAGGUCUUGAAGCUCUACCUACGGCAGCUGCCGGAGCCCAUCGUGCCCUUCCGCAUGUACACCGAGCUGAUGGGCCUGGCCAAGGAGAACCUGCAGGGCAGCAGCGAGAAGGGGGGGCCCAAGCUGGUGGACAGAGGAGCUGACACAGACAAGGUGGUGGUGGCCAUGGUGCUGAAGCUAAAGGAGCUGCUGAAGGAGCUUCCCUGGGAGAACAUGGCCACGCUCCAGUACCUCCUGCAGCACCUGAGGAGGAUCGUGGAGGUGGAACAGGACAACAGGAUGUCCUCGAGCAACCUGGGCAUCAUCUUUGGGCCAACACUGAUGCGCCCGAGGCCCACGGACACCACUACUUCCUUGUCCUCGCUGGCUGACUGCCCCCACCAAGCUCGCAUCAUCGAGGUGCUCAUCGUCUUCUAUUCGACCAUCUUCGAGAACAAGGAGGCCCCGCUGCUGGCUGACUCCAGCAAGUACGCCGCAGACACCACGGAGGAGACGAGCCCGGCGCCACUAGCGGCCGUCACACCAAGCCCGUCCCCUGCCCUGAAUGCCGUGGGUUUGCUGAGCCCUGGUGCCGGGGGUGACACGCGGCUCCCUGCGUCCUCAGGGUCUGGCGACUGCUCGGUCGACACCAAGCUGGAACUGGAGCCUCCGGCGGGCGGUGGCCCAGAACAGCAGGAAAGCGAGACAAACACAGACAAAGCUGGGAUCUGCGACGACGGGAGCGAGGGACAGCACAGGCGGACCUGCAGCACGGGGCAGCCGGACACGGAGGGCUCCGCGCUGCGCUGCCGCAGCCCCCUGGGAGAGGAGCAGAGCGACUUGGAGGAAUACCCCGAGAGCAGCCUCGGGCCUGCCCAGGCAGACUGCGAGACAACCCAGCCCAGCCUCGGCUGCCAGGCCCCGGCCCAGCCGUGAGUGGCGGCCCCGGCCCUCCUGAGCUCCUAGCAGGGAAACGCGGGCACCGGGGAGGGCACGGGGUGAAGGCCUGCAGCCGCCAUGGGACUGA